AUGUUUGGUUCAUCAAAUUCAAGUUGGCAGCAAUCAGGGGGGUUUAAUUCAUUGAAUAAACCUCCUAGUUUGAAUCUCAACACUCUGAAUAAUAAUACCAACACGUCAGGAGGAUUAUUUGGGAACGCCUCCAAUCCUACAAUUAAUUCUAAUAGCAAUAACAAUACUAACAGUGGUGGAUUGUUUGGUAAUUCCAAUUCAACUGCCACCAGUGGAGGUUUGUUUGGCAACGACAGCAAUAAAAGAAUGAACACCGGUGGAUCAGUAGGUAGUAAUAUGGCAAAUAACACAGGAAGUAACACGUCAGGUGGAUUAUUUGGUAAUUCAACCAACAAUGCCAAUUCCAGUACCGGAUUAUUUGGUGGUACCAAACCCACUAGUUCAGGAGGAUUAUUUGGUGGUUCAGCUGCAAACACAAGCUCAGGAUUAUUUGGAAAUUCUAAUGCUACUACAAGUUCAGGAAUAUCUGGGGGUUCGACUUCAAAUACAACCUCAGGAUUGUUUGGCAAUUCUACCACAUCAUCAGGAUUACUGAAUGGUACAAACCCUAGUAGUGCUGGUGGAUUGUUUUCCAAACCUUCAGGUGGUCUUUUCGGUUCCAGUACAAAUACAACUAAUACCAAUGCAAUUACAGGUAAUACCAACUCAGGAUCAUUAUUUGGUAACCCCAGUUCAACUGCCAACACAUCAGGUGGAUUUUUUGGUGGAAAUCAACUGAAUACUUCUACAAUUAAUAACUCCAAUAACGUGUUUUCCCAAAAUGAUGCUUAUAGUUCCAAUGCCAUUUUCAGAGGUGUUACCACGAACUUUGAAAUGCCAGCAUCUAUCACCGCAGGAUUAUUUUCUGCCAAAACUGAAACCAAACCGGUUAAAAUAGAGAAGAAGCAACCAUCGGUAUUAUCCCGAUUAGCCAAAAAGUUAAAUAUCUUCAAAUCAGUAGAACAAGAUCCUUUUGAUGGGAUUUUUGCCUCAAAUGAUUUCCCCAGUACGAAAUCAUUAACUUCCACCAAGAACAAGAUCUCCAAACCCAUCUCAUUCUCCAAAGUUGAAACCAGAUCAUCUAAUGAAAUCAAGAAAUUAAUCAUAAAAUCAAAACCAGUGAAAUUCCAUUUAAUCAAUGCCGAAAAAGUAUUAACUUCCAAACAAUGGAGAGUCAUGCCUGAACUUAUCACCACAGAAAAGAUCUUGAACGAUGACGAAGAAUCCGAUAAUGAUAUCACCAAUAUAAUAGAUGAAAAUCUCAUUAAAGCAUCGAAAAUAGUCAAUGGAACAUCAGAUCUUCAUGUUCCUUCAGAAGUCAAACCAAAAAUCGAUAUUGAAACAUCGGAAGGUUAUUGGACUUCACCAGCAUUAUCAACUUUGAAAACCUGGUCUUUGAAAGAUUUAUCUCAAGUAGAUUAUUUCAUCGUUGGACGUAAGGGUUUUGGUCAAAUUGCCUUCAAUUUACCUGUAGAUUUAUCUGACUUGCAACAACGUUGUUUCGAAGAGCACAAAGCAUUAUAUGAUAUUUUAUUCAAGGAAAUCAUCGAAAUUGGUGUAAAGUAUGUGAAAGUUUAUAAAGAUAAUACUAAUAAACCUCAAAGAGGAUGUGGAUUGAAUGUUCCUGCUACCAUCACUUUGGAAAAAGUCGAACCUAAACAAGGAAAUGACUUAUCAAGUUUUAUCAAAAUGUUACAACUGAGAGAAGGAAUGGAAUUUGUCACUUAUGAUCCUAUUACUUUUUCUUGGACUUUCAAGGUUCAACAUUUCAGUAUUUGGGGAUUAGUUGAUGAAGUUGAAACUUCAGAUACCUCUAAUUCUGACGAGGACACUUAUUAUAGAGAGUUAAAGAAACAGAAAAUCAAUAGGGAAACCACUGGUUUACCAGGAAAUUGGUCAAUCGAAGAUACCAGUGUGUUAGAGUUAAAGAAAAGAUUAGUCAAUAAUGAAAUAGAUUCUCAUUUAACUUUGAAUUCUGGAGUGAAAUUUGAUGAAGCUACACCUGAACCAAUAAUGGAAGAUAAACCUAUUAGGGAGAAUUAUGAAUAUUUAAAAGAUUUAAUCAAUGUAUUCCCUCAAAAUGCUGAUUUAUCAGAAAUAGUCAAAGAAAAAGCUUACGAACCUGAAAUAGAUAAUGUUGAAGAUUUCAAAUUGAUUAAAGCUACACCUAAUUUACCGGUGUCAGAUAAUUGGUUAGUUCAGUUGAACUUAGCCAAUGAUCUUAAUUCAUCGUUAGCCAACUUCCAUAAUGAGAAUAUUGUCAAAGAUGGCAAAUUACAAUUACUGACUAUUGACGAUAUUUUAUUCCAAAAGUUUAAUGAAAGUGCUGAUUCAAAUUCAAAGGAAGUUUCGACUCCAUCAACCAAAAGUGACGAUAAAAUGGAAAUUGAUGAUUUGAUCGACGGAGAUAAAUUCGAACAAAUAAAGAUUUAUUCUUCAGUUUUACCUACGCUUUUAGAUAAUUCUGAAUUUCAGAAAAGAUCAAAUAAUGCAUUCAAAGUAUUAAAAACUGACGUGACUUUUGGAAAGUUGGUACAAAAUGAUCAAUUCUUGCCUCAUUCAUUUAUUGAUAUCUUGACCCUUUGUUCAACAUUAUUUGAUCAAUCAGAAAUCAAAAUUGACGAUAUCUCUGUCAAAGAUCAUUUGAAGAAUUUACAACAAAAACAAUCAUUUGUGGGAUGGUUACAAAAAUACAACGAAGGAGUUGUUGAAGAGUUGAUUUCUAAAGCCGAUGAUAGUUUUGAAGAAAUCUUCAUUCACAUUUGUUCUGGACAACUCAAGAAAGCUAUUGAAUCAGCUAUUAAUUCGAACAAUAACCAUUUAUCAGCAGUUUUAACUUCAAUAGAUUCCAACUAUCAAGGAAUCAAACAAGUAGCUAAAUCCCAAUUGGAAGAAUGGCAAAACAAUAAUUUCAUUCCUAGAAAUUUGAUUAAGAUUUAUAAAUUCAUAGCCGGUGAUAACGAUGAAAUCUUAAGUACUUUACCUUGGAACUUAAGAUUGGCUUGUAAUGUUUACUAUAGUGAAUCAAAAAUUCCAUUACAUCAAGCAAUUGAUGAAGUCAUCAAGGGUUCUUCAGACACCAAUGAUAUCUUGGAAAUCUUAAGAUUUUACUGUAAUUACAAAACAUCACCAAAAGAUGCAAUUGAACGUAUAUCAUCAGCAACUUUAAAUAUCGGAAUCAAAUGGGUCUUAUUAAAGAUCAUCAAUGAAAUUUCAAGUGACGAGUUAAGUAUUUCUAUGGGUAGAUUCAUUGAAAAAUUAGGUUUAUGGAAAGAGUCCAUGUUUAUAUAUUCUCAUAUUUCUCAGGAUAAGGUAUCAGAGAAAUAUAUUAGAAGAGUCAUCCAAGCCAACAUCAAGAAGAUUAAGAACGACAAUCUGAAUACCGAUGAAGAACCUUUCUUAACCAACAUUUUAAAAAUUCCAAGCAGUUUGAUUUAUGAAUCUGUUGCUACUGAUAUGGAUUCAAAUAAAGAAUACUGGAAAGCAUGUGACGCUUUCAUCAUUGCCACAUCUUGGGAACAAGCUCAUGAUAUAAUAGUUAAUAAAUUAGGACCACAAACUAUAAUACUGAAAAAUCCAAAGGAUAUUCAACUUUUACUUGAAUCCAUGAGCAAAUUUCCCAAUCAGGGUAAAAUUAUUCCUAUUUGGGCUCAAAGUGCAGGGAUUUUCCAGAAAUAUUUCAAACUUUUACCUUUCAUAAAAUCAGGUAAUAUUGGUCCUACCUUGAUACCAGACGUCGAAACCUUAUUAGAACAAAUUCCAUUAUUAAAGUUAGAUAAUUCAUUAAUCUCAAAAGCUACAAAAUCUAUUUUAGUUAAAGAUAUUGGUGACUUGGCUAUUAAUUUACAACUUCCAGAUUUCAAAUCCAAGAUAACCUCAUUACCAUUAGGAGAAAAUGAACAACGUUAUUUCGAAAAACGUCUUGCAUAA